CGAAAUGCAUUCCUGAGAAUGGUUUGCUGCUGCUGUAGAAACGAAACGAUCUGUACACAGAUGAUGUGCCAGAGUAGAGCAGGACUUUUACGAAAAUAGCGGGGUACACACACUCGCACCGACCUAAUGGUGGAUGGCAGGAACAGUGGGAAAUUAGAACAUCUCCUUACAAUCGUCUUUCGGUGGGUUCGAACAGGACAUGAAGUGGUCGAAGUUGACAAGUGGCCAUUUAGCUAGAAGCCAAGAGAAUCCUUUGAAGCAAUAACGCAAAAGCCUCGCAAUGAAAUACUGCUCGCCACGGAGUAUGUGCGGAUGGAUGUGCCUGUGAAGAUCGCUGUAAUCCGCGCGUAUGAAUAGUGCGUGUAGUGUUAUUUCUGUUGUUGGGUAUGUUGUAAGAGCAAAAGUAACCAGGAUCACCCGCCAACGACACUCAACACACCCGGAUGAAAGCUUUGUCGGACACCAUCAUAGCACACAGAGGAAGGAGUGUUGUUCUUCGUUGACAGCGUACAUCAUACAUAGAGAAAGAGUGUGUGUGUGUGUGUAAAUGAGGCUGUGUGCGUGUGCGUAUGCAAGUGUGUAAUGUGUGUGUCUGUGCAGUUUAUUUUUUCGUUCCGGAAAAGAUUAAUUUUCUCAGGGACAUCAACCACCAGCCGUGAGGAUUGUUGUGAAGAAAGUGUUAUCGCAGCAUUAAAUGAAAGAUAAAAAAGCAAUAGAACAACUAGAAUGAACAGUUAAGAAAUAGUUACAUACCUUGAUACGGUUAUGAUAAACGUACAUUUCUCGGAAGACAUAAAAUCGUUCGACAAACCCUCUGCUGGCAUUACGCCUCCGGAUAAGACUAACGCGCGGAAGGUUUGGAAGGUGUGAUAAACGAAGGACAAAGGCGCAGUUGGUACGCUUACGGAUGCAGAAAUGAUUGAUACAUGGCUUGCAUUUGGAAGGACAGCGCGAGAAAAGCAUACGACUGUUUAACGUUGGACCGCGCAGAGAAUGGAAGGAAGAAGAGCGGGUUUGCAUCUGUGUUAAUUCAGCUAGACGAAUUUACUGCUACCGAGUUGUCCUUUCUCUGGUCGAUUGCUAGCACGGUCACUGGACAGCACUACCACUAGCCGUGCCCAAUAGGUUUGCUAACCUGGUAAUGCCAGUACUGCGGACAGAGUGGGUAUUUUAUUGAUUAGAUUUGGCCAAAAGGCCAAAAAUCACAAAACGCCGUCACUUUCAUCGCCCACCCCGUUGAAUCGAGGGUGGUAAACAAAGCUCAAUCAACAAAAGCGAGAAAAAUAAUACGCACUAAAAGCGUGCGGCGUGUUUUACAAGUUGCUUUAAUCAAUAAGGACAACACGCCUAGGAAGCAGGGAGAUCGCAUAACGGACGAUAAUUUUUAAGAGGAAAACAACACAAAAACCACGAACUCAGCUUGUGCCGUAGAAUCAAAUGUGUUGCUGGAAAUGAUUUGUAACGAGGACGUCGUCAAUUGGUUCAGGGAUCUGAAGAGCUACAGCAGAAUAGACACCAUGUGCAUCAUGCUGAACAUGUGCCUUCCGUUCGAGCUGCGGUUCCUCGGCACGUAUCUGGAGGAGCUCGGUCGACGGGAUGCGCCGGAGCUGCGCGGUGCCGAGCUGAAGGUGAACAAUCCGCAGGAGUUCAUCGCCGACAUCGCGUCCGGCGAACCGACCGACCAACGGAUCCGGCGCAAGAUGGCCCUGUUUCUUGCGCUGUACCGCGCUUGCAACCAUGCGUAUGCCAACGAGCUGUUCAAAACGCUCGAGGGUUGGGGUGCCCGGUCAGAUCUGCAGCGACUGUUCGAGGAGGACGAUCAGCAGGAGCUGUUGCUCGUUUACACGAUGGCCACCAAUCAUCCGGUGUUUUCCUUCGAGCAGCGGUUGCACUGUGGCGAGAUUUUUACGAAGCUAAAAUCCUGGGAGCCGAAAGCUAAUCACCGGUCGGGGGAUCGCGACGAUGUACCGCUGGAGCAACAGCCGCAACAGCAGCAUCAUUCGCAGCAGCAUCAUCAGCAUCAUCACCAGCCAGCAUCGCAGCAUCAUUCGAUGGAUUCGUUGCAUAGCAACAGUCCACAACAAUCGCCGAUACAACAGCAACAGCAGCCACAUCAUCAACAUCAAUCGCAACAUCUGCCGAACUCGACACCACCACCCGCUGUUCCACCUCCCGGUACGACAACCCUGCAUGCACUGCCACCGAAUGCGGCACUUUCGAUGCAGAACCUACCGCAAGGUCCAGUAUCGCUCGGUCAAACCAUCACACUAAACUAUACGGGACUGCCGGGAUUGACACAGACGCUUCCUAAUGAUGCCACGCUAAACCCUACCCCCCAUUAUCUCGACACCUUGCAUGCGUUGCCAGUGCAGACAGAUUUUACGAUUCCCCCGCCAGUGUCAUCUCGAUGGGUUCAGUCCGUUUAUCAGCAGCUUGCCUAUCCUCCUCCGUCGUCGUCGCCACACAUGAGCAAUCCCUCUUCGCCGAUUCAGAGUCGUACGACGAGUCCAACCCGCAUCCACCCUAGUAGUGUGCAGCAUCGAAUUAGUAGAAACCAGCAGAAUGAUCAACAACAGCAGCAGCAGCAGCAGCAGCAGCAGCAGCAGCAGCAGCAACAGCAACAACAGCAGCAGAACCAAUCGCAAAUGCAAAGCCUAAAACCUGUCGAUGAGGACCAGACAAUGGUGAUGCUGAGUCAGAUACAGCUCCGAAACGGUAUGCGCCAAACGCAUAACACGUUGCCACGACAAUCGAAGCAGAACUAUGUCAGUCAGCAUCCGCCAUAUCAUCAACAGCAGCAGCAGCAGCAGCAGCAGCAGCAGCAACAACAACAGCAGCAUCAUUCACAAAGGGAUAGUGGGAUUUAUCAUACGGCAAAUUACAAUAUGAAGGGCGUAGGCGGCAUGAUGAUGGAUAUAAUGAAUCACCAACCGAACUCAACUGGCAGUGAUUCAGGCAGUUCUAUCGGUUCGACGGGUGAAGUGUCACCACCGGAAACACCCGGUGUGGCACCGGCCAGCAUCGCUACGAUUCCUCACAUACGCACGAAUCGAUCGAACAACAUGCGUAACAUUAACGGGAGGCCAGAAAAACAAUAUCCCUCGAUGACAUAUUCACAGUUACAUCAUCAACAAAACGUGGCACAUCAGCAACAGCAGCAGCAACAAUUUACAGGCUCUGACCUGAUGGUCACCAGUACGGGGCAGCCUUUUCUCACCACUGGCGGCACAACCAAUGGUGCUACGAUGAGCGGCACCGGUAACAAUGGUGCAACAGGCAGUGGUGUUGUGUCGACCGGACAGGUGUUGAUCAAUCAAGCCCCGGUCCAGCAGCCGGGUCAGUUUGUGUACACGGGUGCGCCGACCACCUUUCCACAGGUAACCGUAUCGCACCGAUCCGUUGCUAAUGCCGCCCUUUCCCACGGUACCGCAUUCCGUACGGCACCGGGCUACGCUCAGACAAUUCAACCGCAGCAACCGCAAACAGGCGAACCGAUACUGUAUCAGUAUCAUCCGUCCGCGUUAGUUCCCGCCGGUGUGCCGGGCCAGACGGUGGUAGCGAACAGUGCGAUACCGUAUCUGCCGUCGCAGCCCGCCUCGACAGCAGCGAGCACGCAGACCAAUCUACCAGGUGCGGUACGAUCAUCACCCUCGCCCCAGAUUGGCUUGCUGCAGCAGUCCAAGGUGCCAGUAGGGGGCAGUAGUUCGGCAGGAGCUUACGGCGCGACAACAACAACGCUUCCGUACACCAGCACGGCACCAUCGUGCUACAACUGUGGUUCACUGAAACAUACAGGCCUGGAUUGCCCGGAAGCGUCCAUGGAGGAUAUGACGCGAACGUCAAACUUUACGCUCGAUUACAACACGAUCAGCAACAGUGCAGCUUCUCCGGGAACGGUAACAACACCGACCGCUACGACGAUACCGUCGAUCGGUGGUGGAACGGGAAACAGCAAUAACAACACGACGCAAGGCACUACUUCGGUUGAGCUGUCCACAAGUGUGGCAUCCGGCGAAGGUAUCAGUAGUACGAGCAGUAGCACCAGCAGCAACAGCAGUAGCACCAGCAGCAGCAGCACCAGCAACGCCACCAGUAACAAUACUAAUAGCGGUAAUGGUAACAAGAGCAACAAUACUACCAGCCUCAGCAGCAGCAAUAUGAUUAGUGCCAGUAGUAAUAGCAAUAACAACAACAACAACAAUCUUCAUCAUCACCAUCAUCUUCAUCAUCAUCAUCAUCAUCACGGCAAUAGUGGUAGCGCGAGCAGCAGUAGCAGUAACAGCAAUAACAGCUCCAUGGACGUACCGUUGGCAAGCAACCUGUUGCCGGUGGAUGUUGUUAGCGCUAGCGGUAACAACAGCAGCAACAACAGUUCCGGCAAUAGUGGUGCAACUGUUGGCAGCGGGAUCAGCGGCCCCAGUAAUAGUGGCACGGUAACUGGUGGCGGUAGUAAUAAUAGUAGCAAUCUCGUUAGUGCUAGCGGUAAGUGAUAAUCAUUAGCGAAAGGUAGAGUAAUCCGGUCGAAUCGAUCCGUUCUGGCGCUAGCGGCGUUAGCUGCAUCCGUUGCCGCUGCAGCGGCACUUCUUCGUUCGUUUUCCUUGUCGUCCACAUCGCUGCAUUCUACUAAUACUGAUCACAGUGUUUGAGGUCGUUCUAGACGGCCGUUUUGUGUGGGGAUCGUUUAAAUGACUUUCCAUCCCCUGAUCUUCUCUACCGCUUCUGAGCGAUAGACGAGAUAGCUCCUUUUUGUUCCGAACGGUUCAGUCUAUGGAACAAUCACUGACAAAAGCGCCUUCUGGUCGACUUACAAAAAAAAAACAAAAAACAAAACACGAAAGACACGAAAGAGAUUUACUUAGCCGUAUGUGUAACCCAUCUAACGCUAGACUAGCUGAAUCCCGUGGGCUUCUGGAUGGGUACGCUGUAGUGAUUAAUCGGACAAAAAGUUCUCGGGAAUGCAAGGCAUAGUUGGGAGCAAGUUUUCCCCUUGUGUGUGAGAUUUUUAUUUUUUAUUUUUUAGUGACAGUUAGGAUUAGGUAGGAUAGAAAGAUUUUACACAUCAACCAAACUCACGCAAUUAUGCGCGCAUGACGAAAUCCUGCCACGGAAACGGCAUAGCAAUCAGAGGACACUAGCGAAAUGCGCCUCUUGUACGUUAGCGCUUGAUAAGCGGGUACGAUCAUGAUAAGGAAUCGUGCCCGAACAGCGUGGAGCAUUUGACGUUACGCAAUGCAAAGCAAAGCUCACGUGCUUUUGCGCUUGCCAUGAAGAUCAUAUGUAAUGCGUGUGUGUGUGUGUGUAUGUGUACAUGUUUAGUGUGUAUUUCGAAUUAUUUUAAAAUAUUUCCUAUCACGAAUGUGGACGCCGUUGGCAUUGUGUGUAACGUGCAAAAAAAAAAAACUCAAACCUAAACCUAUUGCGGGUUUGGUGUUUAUUGUGGGAAUUUUGCGACAGCAAACGUUUGUGAAUGGGUUUACUGUAAUCGAAUGAUAUGAUGCAUGUUGCACACGAAUGUUUGCAAAAACUCUGUACGCUAAUCUGUUGCUGUCGAGCAACAAUCGCAAAGGAUCGUUUAUGUUUAGCGUUUUUAAAGUUUUCCAUUUUUAUUUACUCAAAUUCACAUUCGCGUUUUGGAUGUGUAGGGCAUGUAUAACCAUUUUUACCGAAUAGCAUAAGCUUAAUGACGACUAGUUAAUUAAACAACGCAUGUAUGGUUAGUACAAAACAGACGUACACAACUAUUGACUAAUAAAGUCGAUCGUUAACCGUGCACCGUUAAACAGAAAUGAUGGACUGAUGGUGGUUUGAACAAGGAUGAUGCAUUCGUUUUUUUGGUGGCUCAAAACCAUCGUCAGUGUUGGACAUGUUUCUAUUGAUUUAUAGGACUGUUCCAUACUCAUCAAUUGGCUAAUUCCAGUUGGGUUAUAUUUCCUCAUGUCGGCAUUCAACGACGUAACGGCAUAUCCUCAGGUUCGAUAUCAAAAAACCUAUAACUUUAACAAACUGUUUUGACUGCGUUUUGAAAUACUAUCUUUUCAAGACCACAAUAUUUUAAAACAUAUGACAAUUUACAUGGGAGACAUUAAAAAAUAUAAAUCGUGCACCUUCGCUUGAGAUCACACCACAGUCGUUUAUGUACUGUUUAAUCUCUGAUUAUUUGUUUAUCAUUUGUACUUGGUUGGAGUAUGUUCUGUUCUUUAAAGGUUUUAAUUGUUUUGUCGGUUGUUACUCUGUGUCUGUGUAGAGUAGCUCUUCUUUGGCUUGAAUCUUUGUUCACAUACGGAUGAUAAAUAUUGCGUGCCCAAAAAGACCCAGCGCUGUUAUGUUCUCAACUGCAAUCGAUUUCGUUAUGAAGUCAUUUGUUAUUGUUACUACAAUGUAGGAACGGGCCACCAUCUUUACAUCAUUUUAAAAUAAGUACUAGAGCUAGAACUGUUUCUCCUUGGGAAAAGCGUCUUCAUCGAUAGUAUUUUAACAGCAGCUGUCGUCGAAGCUCUUCUCUAUCGGCUUCCGUUGUAGCUACAAGCCGAAUUGAAACAUUUGAAUAUCCAUCCUACUAAUGAUCCGUAAGCUGAAAGCCGAUAGGCGAUAUUAUAGAGAGAGAAAAAACAACAACAACAAAAACAGUGUACACAUUUUUUUUUAGAUAAAAUAAAUCACACAAGCACAUAUGGAUGACUAAAGCAAGCAGAGCGGCAACGAAAGGAAACGAAAUAAAUGUAAAACGAAGAUGACAAGUCAGCUGAACAUUUGCCCACUUUUUAAAGGAAGCUUCUAAAGCUGCAAUCGGUUUAAUGUAUGUAGUAGCAUCCUCUGAAGGAUUGAACGAAUUUGAACAAAAAGAAGAAAAAAAAACAAAACAUUGCAAAAGAAAAAUUAAAAAAAAAGUCUGUUAGCUGUUAACAAGUGAACAAAACAAAAACGAGAAAAAAAGAAAAAAAAAACAAUCAUUGAUCAGAGAGAUAGAGAGAGGUAUAAAGUAAACCAUCCCCACGCGGUCACACAGAAAACAAUACACGUGUUAGUGUUUCAAAUGCGCAGAACUGUUGCGAGAGUGGGGUUGGGUUUUAGUUAAAUGAAAAUUUGCAAAUUUUAGAACAACAAAUCUUAUCCAGCGAGAGAGAGAGAGAGAGAGAUAGAGAGACGUCACGUGGUAAGAAGGAUGCGCUAGAGCACAUAAGAAACACUUAGGGAUAGUUUAACGAUCUUUAAGGCUUUACAUAGUACGUAUCAUUUGUACAUAGUAAGGAAGCAAUUUGUAACGGUGCGCAACGUCGAUCACAACAAAAUGACUGUAGGAUCAUCCCUUUACGACAUGAGGUGGUGGGGGAUGGUUGGCAAAGCAGGGAAGGUUUGGGCAUCAGUGUUCUUAUUUUUGUGGCUAAUCUGAAGAAACCCAUCUAUCAUGAACGAUUUCGUAAGGAGAGAGCCACCCAAACAUGCGGUAAAUAGACAAAGCUGCUAAAGGAGAAUGUAAAAAAAGCUUUUGCCAACUUUUGCUUAGACCGUAGGGACGAUUAGUAUGGUGAGAGAUGAGUGAUUCAAAAUUACGAAACUGUUUGUUAUUUUAACAUUCUCUAAGAGCUUCCAACAGCUAUGAGAAUAAUCGUGAAUCAAAACUCAACUCCAACGUUGAACCAUCUAAAGCAUUCGAUUAUUAUAAUAAUUAAAAUUGUUCUGUUUCAAUUUUGUUUUUGGCAAAUAGUUUUCCACAUUGAAAUAUUACUAAAAAGGAAAUUUUGCCAUGCCUCUUUGGAAAAAAAGCUUGCUGUGCACGAGUUAAGAACUUCAUACCUAGCGUGUCAUUUUCCCUAUCCAGCUCUGCAAAAUUGUUGGCUUUGACGAUGGUCGGUCGGCCAUGGUGGCCAUCACUUCUAGUACUUUGACUGAAUAUACCCACUGUUUGUUUUAAAAAGGGGAAAAAUACAUAACUAGAAAGCGUGGCUUUGUAAAUAAAUGCGGCAGGUACGGCACCGAAAGGAGCGUGAGAGGUUGAGACAGGCGGAGGUAUGAAGGUGAAUACAAUAUUUAUAAUCCCAAAGCUGCAAAACAUGAACAGAGAAAAUAAGUAAUACAAAGAAAAAACAAACAAACAAACAAACAAGAAUUCAAUUAAUACUUAAAAGCAAGCACGCACUUUUGUGUUACCGUUCCGCUAUAAGAACCCAGUUUAUGGCCUCACCAUUUCUCUCCUUCGCAUUGUAGCCGCUCCACUUUGUAGAUUCCAACUAGGUGUGUAAGGAUGAAUGAAUGUGACCGGAACAGAAUUUUGCACGCAGAGAUGCAGAAGACACUGUGCGCCUACAAUAACUUGGGAACAGCUGAUCAAGUAACAGCGGGAAAGAUAACCGAACCUUAUAGUGACAGGGUAGAUUAGGAAGCAAAGGAAGCAGCAGAGCAGCGUGAUCGAUAAGUGAACUAAUUACGGUACGGAUAAAUAGUUUUAUAUAUAUAACGUCGUUUCGUUUUUUUUUGUUCUGUUUUCUGACAAUAUGUACAUAAAUCGAUUUAAUUGAAAGACGGCUUAGUGCGCGAUACUGGUAAGGCGAACGCGACGACAGUGUCAAAGUGCGUACCAAUACCGUGUACUAAGAGGUGCACGUGUACGGCUAGGGAAAUUCGUGGACAAGACCGGUUUCGAAACGGAGAAUGAACCAACAUACAUGAAUUACGUAGAGUAACAAAAUGGAAUGGCAACAAAAAAAAGGGACUCUAUUUAUAAGUAACUUUAGCGACGGGACGGUAAUGUAACAAGUCACACAUCAUACACACCUAUGAGCAAGACGCGUAUAAUGUCUCUUUUAGUAAAAAAGGUAAGAAAACUUUCCCCUGACCAUUUGCAAAUCCCCCAGUUAAAAGGAGCGAUUGAAAAAGGAUGUCGUGACGGUUGGAUGGAAAAAGGAAAACAGGAAAAGAUGCUUUUCGAACGUAUGGAAGUGUGUGCGGGUAGCGUGCGUGUGAUGCGAAACGUUUGUGUUUUUUUUUUUGGUUUUGUUUGUAUGUGAUGUGAUUGACAUAGAUCAGUGCGAAGAAAUGGAAACGAACCGCCCCGGAAGGUUGAAAAAAAAAAUGUAAGUAAGCAAAUACAUUAAUAUAAAAGCAUAACAAACAAACAGAAAAAAGAGAAACAACAAAAAAAAACAAUACACAUACGUUCGUUUAGUUUAGGAAAAAGAGAGAUUGUGAA